GGGUGGGGCCCCGCGCCCGGGAGAUGCGGCCGGCGCGCCGGGCUGGGGAUGCGCCGCGCGCCGCGUCGCUGUAACCGGACACCGCGCGCUCGCCCAGCCCCGGCCACUUUCCAUUCACUCGGAGGUGCCGUACUGAGCGCCGCGGAGACGGGCUCCGGUGCCGCGGAUUCCUUUACAAAGAAACUCAGGGGACCGGGAAGAAGGAAUCUCACCGCGGGGCCGCUCCAGAAAUUAAGGUCUUCUGGCGAAGGGACUGGAGACUCACUCGGAGCCCAACCGGCAGCAAAUUGAUGACUUUUCCGUGCUGAUCUCUUCCCGCCUCGGUAUUUUCCCUUGGAUAUCAACUUGCAGAUCUGAAGAAAUGGCAUUCCGGGCAAUUUGCGUGUUGGUUGGAGUAUUUGUUUGUUCUGUCUGUGUAAAAGGAUCGUCUCAGCCCCAAGCAAGAGUUUAUUUAACAUUUGAUGAGCUUCGAGAAACCAAGACCUCUGAAUACUUCAGCCUGUCCCACCAUCCUUUAGACUACAGGAUAUUAUUAAUGGAUGAAGAUCAGGACCGGAUAUAUGUGGGCAGCAAAGAUCACAUUCUUUCCUUGAAUAUUAACAAUAUAAGUCAAGAACCUUUGAGUGUUUUCUGGCCAGCAUCUACAAUCAAAGUUGAAGAAUGCAAAAUGGCUGGCAAAGAUCCAACACACGGCUGUGGGAACUUCGUCCGUGUGAUUCAGGCCUUCAACCGCACGCAUUUGUAUGUUUGUGGGAGUGGUGCCUUCAGCCCAGUCUGUACUUAUUUGAACAGAGGGAGGAGAUCAGAGGACCAAGUUUUCAUGAUUGACUCCAAGUGUGAAUCUGGAAAAGGACGCUGCUCUUUCAACCCCAAUGUGAACACAGUGUCUGUUAUGAUCAAUGAAGAGCUUUUCUCUGGAAUGUAUAUAGAUUUCAUGGGGACAGAUGCUGCUAUUUUUCGCAGUUUAACCAAGAGGAAUGCAGUCAGAACAGAUCAACACAAUUCCAAAUGGCUGAGUGAACCUAUGUUUGUGGAUGCACAUGUUAUCCCAGAUGGCACUGAUCCGAACGAUGCCAAGGUGUACUUCUUCUUCAAAGAGAAACUGACCGACAACAGCAGAAGCACAAAACAGAUUCAUUCCAUGAUCGCUAGAAUAUGUCCUAAUGACACUGGUGGACUGCGCAGUCUUGUCAACAAGUGGACUACCUUCUUAAAAGCCAGGCUGGUGUGCUCGGUGACUGAUGAAGAUGGCCCAGAAACGCACUUCGAUGAAUUAGAGGAUGUGUUUCUGCUGGAAACUGAUAACCCAAGGACAACUCUAGUGUAUGGCAUUUUUACAACAUCAAGCUCUGUUUUUAAAGGAUCAGCAGUGUGUGUGUAUCAUUUAUCUGAUAUACAGACUGUGUUUAAUGGGCCUUUUGCCCACAAAGAAGGGCCCAAUCACCAGCUCAUCUCCUAUCAGGGGAGAAUUCCGUAUCCUCGCCCUGGAACUUGCCCAGGAGGAGCCUUUACACCCAACAUGCGAACCACCAAGGAGUUCCCAGAUGACGUUGUCACUUUUAUACGGAACCAUCCGCUCAUGUACAAUUCCAUCUACCCAAUCCACAGGAGGCCUUUGAUUGUUCGUAUAGGCACUGACUAUAAGUACACAAAGAUAGCUGUGGAUCGAGUGAAUGCUGCCGAUGGUAGAUACCACGUCCUGUUUCUCGGAACAGAUCGGGGUACUGUGCAGAAGGUGGUUGUUCUUCCUAGGAACAGCUCUGCCAGUGGUGAGCUCAUUCUGGAGGAGCUGGAAGUCUUUAAGAAUCGUGCUCCCAUAACAACAAUGAAAAUUUCAUCCAAAAAGCAACAGUUGUAUGUGAGCUCCAACGAAGGGGUUUCCCAAGUGUCCCUGCAUCGCUGCCACAUCUACGGUACAGCCUGUGCUGACUGCUGCCUGGCAAGGGACCCUUACUGUGCCUGGGACGGCCAUUCUUGCUCUAGGUUCUACCCAACCGGGAAGCGGAGGAGCCGAAGACAAGAUGUGAGACAUGGAAAUCCGUUGACUCAAUGCAGAGGAUUUAAUCUAAAAGCAUAUAGAAAUGCAGCUGAAAUUGUUCAGUAUGGAGUAAAAAAUAACACCACUUUCCUUGAGUGUGUCCCCAAGUCUCCGCAGGCAUCUAUCAAGUGGUUGUUACAGAAAGACAAAGACAGGAGGAAAGAGGUCAAGCUGAAUGAACGAAUCAUAGCCACGUCACAAGGACUCCUGAUCCGCUCCGUUCAGGAUUCUGACCAAGGACUGUAUCACUGCAUUGCAACAGAAAAUAGCUUCAAGCAGACCAUAGCCAAGAUCAACUUUAAAGUUUUAGAUUCCGAAAUGGUGGCUGUUGUGACAGACAAGUGGUCCCCAUGGACCUGGGCCAGCUCUGUGAGGGCUUUACCCUUCCACCCGAAGGACAUCAUGGGGGCAUUCAGCCACUCAGAAAUGCAGAUGAUUAAUCAGUACUGCAAGGACACUCGACAGCAACAUCAACAGGGAGAAGAAUCCCAGAAGACGAGGGGGGACUACGGCAAGUUAAAGGCUCUCAUCAAUAGCCGGAAAAGUAGAAACAGGAGGAAUCAGUUGCCAGAAUCAUAAUGUUUUCUUACAUGGGGCUUAUGCUUCCAGUAGCAAUGGUCUGUCUUCAGUGAUCAAAUUUUGAGCAAAGAAUCUCAUGCUUUACCCAUGGAAAAUUCCUGAGAAAGGUGGUUACUCACUCCUGAAGUGAGUGUUACGUGAACUGAAAUGAGCAUGCAUUUUCUUGUAUGUAUUGACUAGCACUAGACAUGUCAUGGUCCUCAUGGUGCAUAUAAAUAUUUAACUUAAGCCAGAUUUUAUUUAUAUCUUUAUUUACCUUUUCUUCAAAAUCAAUAUGGCGGCUAUAAAACUAGAAUUCUUACAUCCCUUAAUUGAACAAGGGCCAUAACCCUAUGAUCUUCCUUCUUUGCUUUAAGGGUUUAGAUUUCUAAUUGUCAGUGAUUUUUAUGUAUGAAAGCAAAUGCCAGGUUAACAACUUUUACAUGGUGAAAGUUGUAUAAAUGCGUGUGACAGAGUAGCUGUCAAAAGAAAUGUAACAUAGGAAAAAGACAAGGAAGAGGGCAUUUAGGAGUCAUGUAAGACAUGAGUGAUUCAUAAAGAGAAAACGAGGAGUUUAUAUGCUUCCAGUGGAAUAUAUUAUUGGUUACUUAAAGAUUGUAAAAACCGUCAGUUGCUGGUAUCUGUCGUUGAUUUUUGUUCCUUGUUUCAGGAAGAUAAAAUGAAUGACCCUCACCAUGAACAUCUUUGAUUGGAGUUAUGUCGCUGAAGGAUUUAAGUUCAUAUUCUUAUGUUAUCGUCUUCCAAACAAAAGCACUUUCUUUUUUUGGAAGUUACUUAAGUUAUUCUAGACUCAGAGAAUAUAAUCUUAUGUUGUUUAAUUGAUUACUGUGUUUGUUCUACUUUUCUAAUCUGUGGGGCCGAUUAAACAAUAU